CACUGCAGCAAAAAUACCACAAUGCAACGGGGCAAACACUGCCAUCUUGGGUGCCAUCAAGCGUGGAGAGUCGGAAAGGCCAAAAUAGUUUCGGACCUCAAGUAGGUACUUCAGGAAAAACACCCAACCCCAGAAGUUACCAUAUCACAUUCCUGCCAUGGUCAGGCCCUGACAGACAGUUUUUCAGUCACUAAAGUUGAGAAAUAGCCCGUUAGUGUACCCGGAAGUGAUCGCACAUCUACCAGCUGGUGUGUAGUAGUCGGAGUUGUGAGCCACGUUGCACACAAAACAGCUGCCAGGUUACAGAGUUUACCUGCUGAACUCACGGCCCCAAGAUGAGGCGGCUGAACAGGAAACAGACGCUGAAGGUUGUGAAGGAGAUGGACGCCUUCCCCAAGAUCCCGGAGAGCUACGUGCAGACCAGCACUAGUGGGGCCACAGUGUCCAUCCUGAGUUUCGUGUUAAUCGCAAUCCUGGUGAUUUCUGAACUGAUCUACUACAGCGAGACCAACAUGAAGUAUGAGUACAACGUGGACACAGAGCUGGAAAGCAAACUGAAGAUCAACCUAGAUGUCACAGUAGCCAUGAAAUGUGAAUCUUUAGGAGCUGAUGUUCUGGACCUGACAGGAAACAGUAUCAGUACUCAGGGAUCCAUUAAGGAGGACAGUGUGUUUUUUGACAUGACACCACAGCAGAAGCGAUGGCAAAGGAUGGUGCAAACAGUGAAAAGCAGUCUGGAUAAGGAAAAGGCUCUUCAGCACCUGCUGUUUAAAACAGGUUUCAGCAGUAAACCUACAGCUGCACCUGUCAGUUCAGGACACCAGAGAAACAAGCCAGAAGCUAAUGCCUGUAGGUUCCAUGGAACAAUAGAAGUCAACAAGGUGGCAGGGAACUUCCACAUCACAGCGGGUCGGUCCAUUCCACAUCCACGGGGGCACGCUCAUCUGUCUGCCGGCAUCAACACUAAAGUCUACAAGUCUCCGUCUGGAAAUAUGCUGGUAGUCAUUACAUCAGAGGAGCAACACUACAACUUUUCCCAUCGUAUUGACCACCUGUCGUUUGGCGACCCUGUUCGUGGAAUCAUCAAUCCUUUAGAUGGGGAGGAAAAGGUCACUCAAAGCACCAUGCAGAUGUUCCAGUACUUUAUCCAGAUUGUUCCCACCAGAGUGAACACCAGACAGGCACAGGCUGACACCGGACAGUUUGCUGUUACAGAGAGGGAAAGAGUGAUUGACCAUGGAUCCGGGAGCCAUGGUGUUGCAGGGAUCUUCUUCAAGUACGACCUGACCUCCAUCAUGGUGAAGGUCACAGAGGAGAGACAGCCCUUCAGUCAGCUGCUCAUCAGGCUCUGCGGCAUUGUGGGAGGAAUCUUCGCCACAUCAGGCAUGCUGCAUGGUUUCAUUGGUUUCCUGGUGGAUACGUGGAUGGCGAGGGUCAGGGGAAGGGAAGAGCAGUUCUCCAACCACAUGCCCACACCAGCCCAGCUACCUCCUCAGGACAUCCCCCUACAACAGCUGGACAGGGAGUUUCCAGAGCAGGAGAGCCCUCUAGCAGUUAACCUGAUAAGUACAGACAGAUGACAGCAGCAUAUAAUGUACAGCCCAGGAAGAUUAUUUUCCGCAUUUGUACCAGCAGUCAGGUUGGAUAUGUUUUAUUCUUUUACUGCAGUCAACAACAUCUUUGUGACCCAUGUAUUAACAUAGCAAAAAGUCAAUACACAUUGAUAUUGGCUUGGUGCUCUUGAGUUUUUCAGAUCUCGAUCAUACAAGUUAUUGGAUUCCAUGUUUUUAAACAAAUAUGGCUCAGUGGCUAGAAGUAUGGCCAUCUUCAACAGCAUCACUCUGAAGAAAGUUUUGAGACAAUACAUGUAGGUUGACAGUCACAUUUCAUGAUACUGCUUAAUAUGCAAAACAUUUUGGUGCAUGGGAAUCAUUUUCAUUCAUAAAUCCUGUCUUUAGGAAACAUUGUUCAUAAGUUUUCCUUGUCUUUAUUUGUACAUACAUACUUGCAUACAUACCACAUGAAAUACUUUGUGGCUUACCAAAAAGGCAUCGUUUUUAGUGAAUAAUAAACCUGUUUACUUGAACUGUUACAUGUGACAGAGACUACAUGACUAUUAGAAAGGUUUCACCAUCAUAGGUUUAGAUUCAGUAGUUUUCUUCCAUGGCAAACUUCAGUACAUUGUACAGCAUCAUAUACAUGUGUAUUAAUCUCACUGUAAAUGAUUUACGUUGUAGCAUAUUCUUGUAGAGAAAAAGGUUGGCACUACUGGAUAUAUAUAUAUAUCUUACAAUGAAUAAAUUAUGAAUUCUGCUUUGUGGAAA